AUGUCUGGCCGAAAAUCGAAUAUCCUUAAGCCUCAGGAAAAGCGGCCCAAACCUGCUGCGAAAAGAAGGCCGAAAAAUAAUUUGAAUGCCCUAGCCACAGCAGAGAAGCAAUAUCCCACAAAGACAAAAAUCCGAAGACACCGACUUGGCGACGAUGAGUUUAGCCAGCCUACACGAAAGCGCGUGAUAGAUGAUGGUGACGAUGAUGAAGAUACCGGUCGGUCAAAGCGGCCGCGAAGAGGUCAGGAUCAAGACGAAUCGGAAGAUGGAGGUAGCGACAGCGACGGCAAUGAGUGGAGGAUAGGAACCGUCGAUAGUGACAAUGAUAGUGAUAUCGACAGUGAUGAAGCUAUGGGGGAGAGUGACGAGGAAAGAUUCGAAGGUUUUACGUUCCGUGGCAGUUCGACGAUGCAGAAGAAAGGCAAAAAAGCUGUCCAGGCUCAAAAGCGCAAAACCAAGGUUGACCAAUCUGAAGGAGAGGAAGAUGAUCUGCUCAAUGAAGAGUUUGACAGCAUAUCUGAUGAAGAGGGAGAAGACGAAGAAGAUGACCUUGGCGAGGAUGCGGUCGAUCUCGCAACAGCCUGGGACAUGGAGACAGAACCCGAGACCGAAGCGUCUAAGAAAACUUCCAAAGAGAAAGAAGGCAAGGCUAAUUCUAUGUCUGGCGACGACGAUGACCUCUCGUCUGCCGGAUCAAGCAAUGAGGAGGAAAGUGAGGAUGACGGGGAGUCCGAUACCUCUGAGCUGUCUAUAUCCGAUAAUGAGGGAGAAACGAAACAAGGCCUCACCAAGCUCCAAAGAUUUGUUACCUCUCUGGGGCAGGAUUCUGCCUCUGCUACAUCUUCAAGGCCAAAGACGACCCUUCCUGGAGGAGAUCCUACAGAAUUUGGGCUAGCCCCGAGUCGAAAACUUACGGUAGCAGAUUUGAUGCCCAGCAUAUCAGACUCCCGCAUGAAAGGUGCACUGAAACAUAUUGAAGAUGAUUCGUCUACGAAAGGCAACGCUGGUAUUCCUGGGAAACUAGACGUUCCCCUUCCGAAACGGCAGCAAGACAGGCUUGAUCGAGCAGCCGCUUACGAAAAGAGCAAGGAAACCCUAGCUAGGUGGAUAGAGACCGUGAAAGCUAACAGACGAGCGGAGCACCUGUCCUUCCCUCUCGCAGAGCCGGAUGCUCUGCAGCCCUCCAAGGUUGUAGACUCCAAGCCUAGAACCAACCUAGAAACUGCCAUACAAAAUAUACUGGUAGAGAGUGGUUUGGCGGACUCGAAAGACGGAACCGCGGAAGAUAAAAUACAGGAAUUCGAGGAGCUCCAGGCAAAGAAAAUUUCUAUUGAAGAAAUCCAGGCCCGCCGUGCAGAACUCCGUAAGCAAAGAGACCUGCUCUUCCGCGAAGAAAUUCGGGCAAAGCGAAUCAAGAAGAUCAAAAGUAAGGCAUAUCGCCGCGUUCACCGAAAAGAGCGAGAAAAACUAGAGAAGAUGGAGCAUGAAGCACUUGCAGCUGCAGGGAUAGACAUGGAAGAGGAAAAUCGAGAGCGUAACGAUAGAAUACGUGCGGAAGCAAGGAUGAGCUCAAAACACAAGGACAGCAAAUGGGCCAAGAGCAUGAAGCAGACUGGCCGAACAGCGUGGGACGAAGACGCCAGGACGGAAAUGGCAGAUUUGGCAAGGAGAGAAGAAGAGUUGCAGAAGCGAAUCCAAGGGAAACGCGUCGUUGAUGGCGAUGAGUACCUAUCAUCAAGCUCCGAAGAUGAAGACGACAGCGGUUCAGAUAUGGAAGGGUUCAGGCUGAGAAAAAAAGUAGACAAGCUCGGUGGUGAUGGGAAGGACGGUUCUCAGGAAUCAGGACCGUAUUCCGGGUUACUUUCUAUGAAGUUCAUGCAGAACGCUGAAGCUGCACGGAAAGAAGAGAAUGACCGUGAGCUACGGCAGAUUAAACGCCAACUCAACGGCGAAGAAGAGUCUGGUUCGGAAGAGGAUUUGCAGGAGGACGUUGGCCGUCGAAAGUUCGGUACACAGAGCACAAAAUCAUCUAAUAAGCCUUCCGUGAACAUGUCACAAGAAGCAAAAUCGAGGAAUGAGGAAGAUGCUUCCGGUUCAGACUCCGACAUUGAAAUCCGUGUUUCCUCUGAGUCGAAGGAGAAGAAGUCUAGAGUGGAGCCCUUAAAGAAUAAACGCCAUACUCUAGACCCUACCAAGACGCCGUCUACGGAAGGGAAUGAGAAUCCUUGGCUAACGGAAACCUCCAAGAAAUCGCGGUCAAAGAAAGGAGUUGCCGCUGCAGACGUCAGCUUAAUCGAGAAUUCCGGGUCAGUCAUUCCUCUGGAAAGGGAUCAGCCAAGCUCCAAGAAGAAACGUCGAGGCGGUCCAGUGAAAGUUGCCACCCAGCAUGUGAGCGAUGACGAACGAUCUGGCGACGAGGAUGAACCCAACAUGCCCGUUCUGCUUAAAAACGAAGAGUUAAUCAAGAGAGCGUUCGCCGGCGACGAAGUCCUAGAGACGUUUAACAAGGAGAAAAAGCAAACUGUCGAAGAGGAGGGCGACAGAGUGGUUGAAGACACACUACCGGGAUGGGGCAGCUGGGCUGGCGCUGGACUCAGCCGGUCAGAGAAGAAGCAGGUCAAACGAACGUUCACCACCAUCGAAGGAAUCAGUGCAGAGAAACGAAAGGACGCGAAACUUGACCGGGUCAUCAUUAAUGAGAAACAAGUGAAGAAGAACAACAAGUAUCUUGCUUCCCAGCUUCCGCAUCCCUUCGAGUCCAAGCAGCAGUACGAACGGUCGUUGCGGCUGCCUAUUGGCCCCGAAUGGACGACCAAGUCAACCUUCCAAACCGCAACCAAGCCUCGCGUGAUGAUUAAACAGGGGGUUAUCAAGCCAAUCCAGCGACCUACAUUGUAA